UUUUAAACACCACCCCAUCAGCAAUAUAAGUCAGUCAUCAUCAUAUUAAAUCACUUAAAAAAGAAAAAGAAAAAGGAAAAAAUGAUAAUAUAAUACACAUUAAAUCCCACCCACUAGCUACAGAUGCAUUGUAAAGAAGAGAUAGAUAGAUCACAUACAAGAAAAAGUCAGACGCAUUUAUAGAUGAGAAGAGCAAAAUCAAAAGCAGAGUUCAAUGUUGUGUCGAGUUAGUGCUACACCUCACAGUCUCAUUCUUCUUCUUCGUCUUCUUCCCCAAAAAGAAAUUAAACAAUUUUGUUAGACCCUAAAGGAAAUGGUGAAUUCUUCAGGAACAAGAGAUGUCUCUUGUGGUGAACGUUGUAAAGCAUCAGCUCAUCUCUUCCUCGCUUCUCUUGGUGGUCUUGCCGCCGUCGCAGCUGCUGCUUUUGCCGGAGAAUCACUCCUCCGCCACCGCCGGAAACUUAAUCAAGCUGAUCCCAUGGGCAUUAAAGAUGAGAAAAUCUCCCCUUUUAUAAUUGAGAGGAAAGAUUCGGGUCGACGAUCAAACCUCGAGAGGUUCUCCCACUAUGUUGCAAGACAGCUAGGAUUCGAGGAGCCAAACGAAUACCCACAACUAUGCAAAUUAGCAAAUGCAUAUUUGCUGAAAACGAAAGGGUAUGAUGAGAAUGUGUACGAGUAUCUGGUGAAUGAAGCUGAGGCUGAUUCUCUCUAUGUUCAUCUCCUUGAAGAAUUCGAGAGAUGCAUUCUCACUUAUUUUGCUUUCAACUGGAACCAUUCCUCCACCCUCAUCUCUCAGGUGUUAAGCGAUGAAUCCGACCACAAAGUACCAAAACUCAAGGAUUUUGUGAUGGCAGCGACAAGGAAACAGAGGUUCGAUAGGGUGACAAAAGACCUGAAGGUGACAAGGGUAAUUUCGACAUUAGUGGAAGAGAUGAAAGCAAUUGGCAGCGGAAGCAGUGAGCCUCACUGUACGGAAGUAAUGUCUCCGGUGGCUCACAACAAACGAAGCCCCGUCCUCCUCCUUAUGGGUGGCGGCAUGGGCGCCGGGAAGAGCACCGUCCUCAAAGAUAUCCUCCAAGAGUCGUUUUGGUCAGAGGCAGAGGCCGACGCGGUGGUGAUAGAAGCGGAUGCGUUUAAGGAGACUGAUGUUAUUUAUAGAGCUCUUAGCUCUAGAGGUCACCAUGACGAUAUGCUUCAAACUGCCGAAUUGGUUCAUCAAUCAUCAACAGAUGCUGCAUCGUCCUUACUAGUUACAGCAUUGAACGAAGGACGUGAUGUGAUAAUGGAUGGAACAUUAUCAUGGGAGCCAUUCGUGGAACAAAUGAUCGAAAUGGCAAGAAACGUCCACAAACACCGAUAUCGAAUGGGGGCAGGCUACAAGGUUUCCGAAGACGGGACAAUAACCGAAGAAUAUUGGAAACAAAUUGGUCAAGAAGAAGAGGCCAAACAAAAUGGGAAACAACAAAUCUUGAAACCUUAUAGAAUCGAGCUGGUCGGUGUGGUUUGUGACGCUUAUCUUGCUGUAGCAAGAGGCAUACGGAGAGCUCUAAUGGUGAAGAGAGCAGUGAGAGUGAAAUCACAAUUAGAGUCACACAAGAGUUUCGCUAAUGCCUUCCCAAAGUACUGUGAGCUUGUAGAUAACGCUAGGCUUUAUUGCACUAACGCUGUUGGAGGUCCUCCAAGGCUUAUUGCGUGGAAAGACGGAAGUAGUAAGCUUCUGGUGGAUCCGGAGGAUAUAGAAUGUCUAAAACGGGUCAGUAGUCUUAACCCGGACGCUGAAUCCAUUUACGAGCUUUACCCGGAUCCGAGUCAAAUAUCUAAGCCCGGUUCAGUUUGGAAUGACGUAGUUUUAGUUCCAUCGAGGCCCAAGGUCCAGAAGGAACUUAGCGAUGCAAUCAAGAGAAUUGAAAAGGCCCAACUAAAAAUGUGAUGAUAUUGUGAACUAGACCCCCGAAAUUCUUAUCUUUUUGUA